CGCGCGCAUUCAUAGAGAGAACCUCGGUCGGUGUGGGGUGACUGGACUUAGCCCGUUCGCUUGGCUGCUUUGUGUUGCUAUUGCGUCGUGAUUCAAAGAGACUAGAAGAAACCUUAACACUGAGAACCGUACGGACGUGUACCUGCAGACUGUGAUUCUUGGAUUUGUGCAUUAUUUUGUAGUGAACUGACGAAUUCGUGUCAUUUAUUAUAGAAUUUUGACACAGAUUUUAUCUGCGACAAAUUUUUAUUUUAAGACCAUCGAUCCGAAGGCCAUAGUACGUAAAGUGCUUGGUCCGUCCGGGAUUGUUUACUAUCGAUCACCAACUGAGACCUUCACGGGCUUCGUCGUAAGAUUUCAAUUCUGUUGAAAGCGGAAAAAUCUAUCAAGAUACACGUAUUUAUAAGAGAGUAGGACACUUGAAUUUGAUAAGGAAACUUGAAAGAAGAAAGAAAGCAAGAUGAAACCAGAGUUCGGAGCGGAUUUAAGCAACGUGUUACUACGGCAAUCGCAGAUCAUCCACACAAGGAUGGCUGGCAGAGCGGUCAUCCGUGUGGUCAACAGAUGUAACGAAGCCAUGGAAGACAGCAACCUUAAUUUAUCAGAGUGUCAGCUGGUGACGGUGCCAGACGCCGUAUACCACCUGCUACGCAACACGACGCUCGUCUCCUGUAACCUCGCCUGCAACGUCAUCUCCAAGAUCUCCCCAAAAUUCGCCACCAAGUUUUCCUGUAUCACAGAAUUGAACUUAUCGAACAACAAAAUGUCGAGGCUGCCUGACGAGAUGUCCGAGUGCGGUCAGCUCGAGAAGCUGGACGUGAGCCACAACUCUUUCGUCGACAUCCCGCAAGUGGUUUUCAGGCUUCCUAAGAUCCGAGUCUUGCUUGUCAACAAUAAUUAUAUUAUAGACGUUGACGUGAAGCAGCUACCGAAGGACAGCCCCAUUGAGGAGGUGGACCUGAGAGAGAAUCCUUUGCUGCCAGACUGCCACGAGAUGCUAUCCCAGGUCACGUCAGUUAAAGUUUUACUCUCACCAAGAGUUAAGGAAGAUUGGGAAGACCUUGACGUAUAGUUUCUUCUAACUGUUCUUAAGUCAAGGAGUAUAAAUUGUAUCUAUUAAUAAUCUUCCUAGAUCUAAUGGGCUGAUGGAUACGUUGAUUGUAUAUAGCUAUACGUAGCUGUGCUUGAAUUGUUGGCUUACUGUAAACGAUGGCUUGAUAUUAAAAUUAGUUUCUGUUCACGUUAAAAUGCGUAAUAUUUUGGUUUCUUGAAAUUUAUUUUGUUUUUCAUGGAUCCGGGACUUGUUAAUUGCAACUAAUUGUACACUUCGAUUGAAAUGCAAAAUAUACAGAAAGGAUACGUCUCUAUCAAGAAUUGGCAUGUAUUAUGAAAGACAAUCGUUUCUCCUAUGAAAAACCUAAGAAGAAGCUAUUUCGAGAUGAAUGAGCACGUGAACGGUAAAAAAUCAACUAUGUAUAUUUUUAUAAUGUUAGCCUUCCUGAUGAAACCAGAAUUUUAGGAAUAGAAAUUCAACAAUUUCUAUGAAGAACCUGCUUGCGAUCAACACAAGCAUGUGGGAGAACAGUUGUUCAUUGAAGGAAACCCUGUUAUUUUGCAGCUCAAAAGCUGGGUUGCGUGUGCAUGAUUUCUUCAGAGUUGUUUUAUUCUGAGACGAGGUCCCGGGUAUAAGAGGUGGCUUUUUCAAACAACUCUUGUGAUUAGCUUUAAGUUGUACAUAGUAACACCUCCUGGUAUAUCUUUCUUAGCGUGCACAUGACUUCGACGAGGAGAAUCCGUACAACGAAAAUUCUUUCGGUAAUUAUUUAAAAAAAAUGACGAGAGGGAAACCAAAAUGCGUUUUAUUUUCGAGUUUAUAAUUAGAAAAUUUAAGAUUUAAAAACUAUCAAUAUGAUGUAUAUUGAAUCUCGUACGCUAUAAUUGCUCUAUGAAUUUAUUGCGAUGGAUGUUCUAAUGAAUGUUUAACUAUUAUCAGAUAUGCCAUAUUUUUCGUCUCAAAACUCUAUCUGAAUUUAUUGAAGUAUUAAAUUUAUAGUAUUAGUUAAUUUUAUGGAUUAGUAAUAGAAAGAUCUGUGCACGAAUAGAAGUGUGCCUUUUAGAACGAUAUCUACGCACACUUCUAUAGCAGCUGCUUCCUAUGGAAGUCCAUCAUCAAUCCUGCCAUGCUGUUUCUUCAAAAAUAAUUUUUCGCUGCCGAAGAUGUGACAA